AUGUCACAAAAAACAAAUGUACGAAAAUUACCAACACUGGCCUUACAUAUUCCAUUGUCUCAUCGACGAUUUCAAAAUCGUGCUGCAGCUGUUUAUGACAUGAGUAUCGAUUGUCAUGAUAUUGAAACCGUCUGUCACAUACAUCGUUUACCUGAGUCGACUGUUUUGCAAGAUUGGAAGGGAAACAUGGAAUAUUUGCAGUCGAAAUUGAAUUUUAAUAAUCGAAAAGACAUUCGGAAGAGAUUCUCGACGAUAAUGAAAGAAAUUGAAAAGGAUAAUAUUCAACCAGCUCUUGCGGCCAUUGCCCAUCAUAUUCCGUUUGUUUAUGUCGAACAAGCUAUGAAUGAUCAAGACAUAACAAAUGCGUUCAAUCGUUUUCUUGACGAUUUUAAUCCGAAAAAAUUCAUUAAAAUUCAUGAAUCAAAAGACAAAAGUCCUCUUCAAACACAUUUCAAUCAAGGUCUACCUGUACUUACUCCAUUCGAGCAACAUUUACUUCUUGAGCAUCUUAUUCAUUCAACUUCCACGAAGAAACUACGACAACUUAUUCAACUUGAACGAUGCAUCAUAGACUAUAUUCAAUUAAUCAGCGAAACAAAUUACUCUUCAUUAAAACCGCUUUCCUCUCUUGAUCCAAUCUGGUUCAAAACAUUUCUCCAUUGGGCUUAUCCACAAAUGAAAUCUGUCGAUCUAUCCUGGUUAAAUCUUGAACAAAUCUAA